AUGCAUCUGCGGGCCCGCGUCUGCGGCCGGACUGUGCAGCGCGUCACAGACCGCGGGGGCCGCGUGCCUCCGCCCGCACCCCGAUGGUCCAUCGCAGGGGCCGCCUGCCCUCCGCCCGACCCGCGAUGGGCCUCCUCUCUGUGGAAGCACAUUUCCCCCGCCUCUUGGGUAACCGGCGAUCAGUACAUGUUUAUUCUUGGCCCCUUUGUAGCUCACACGGACAGCAUGGCUCAGGCUGCCUGGGCCCCUGCCUGCCGCCUGGACCCCGGGGCGCUGAGCAGCCUCUACCCAGGCCCUGGCCUCCCGGCACCAAGAGCUUUCGUUCGAUGCAGUAACAGGCCUCGAGCCCCUGCCUGGCAGCUCCCUAAAGGCGAGAUCCUGCCUUUCUCCAGCAUGCAUUUGGGCACAAACAGAGACAGCGCCCACGCCAGUGACACGGAGGCUGCUAGUGUCCCGGGGCCCCUGGCCCAUGUCACGUGCUCCUCUGCACCCGCGGCCUGGCGCAUAUACACCCACACCCGCUUUCUCCACGUGGAGCCCGUGGGCUGGUGCGCCGCCCCCAGCGAGCAGGUAGAAGGAAACCACCAACACACAGGCGUCACCAGGGUGAUGCCCCAGCAAGGGGCCUCGCAGAGGCCGCACGGGUCCCGGAGCGAGGGACGGAUCCCGCCGCCACGCGCUGACGGUUCUGACUGA